AUGUCAACCACUAUCGACCUGUCCAACCCAUCGACCUGUCAACCUAAUCGAGCCUGUCAACCUAUCGACCUGUCAACCUAUCGACCUGUCAAUCCUAUCGACCUGUCCAACACUAUCGACCUGUCAACGACCAUCGACGCUGUCAACCAUCACCCUGUCAACACUAUCGACCUGUCAACUCCAUCGGACCCUGUCAACCCAUCGACUGUCAAGGCUUAUCGACACGGCUGUCAACAGACCUGUCAACCCCAUGCGAGCCUGUCACCUAUCGACCUGUCAACCCAUCGACCUGUCAACCUAUCGACCUGUCAACCUAUCGGGGACCUGUCUCAAUCCCCCCCUCCGACCUGUGCUCAACCUAUCGACCGUCAAACCCUAUCGACCUGCAACCUAGUCGAACCCUGUCAAACCUAUCCGACUGUCAAACCUAUCGACCUGUCAAAUCCAUCGACGCCUGUCAACCAUCGAACCCCCUGUCAACCAUAUCGACAUGUCAACCUAUCGGACUGUCAACCUAAUCGACCAUCGACCUUGCUAAACCCAUCGACCUGUCAACCCAUCGAACCUGUCCAAACCACACUGUCAACCUUAUCGAACCUGUUAAAAAUCCCAUCGACCUGUUCAACCCAUCACUCCUGUCAACCCAUCGACCUGAUCAAAACCUAUCGAGAACACUGUCAACCCAUCGACCUGUCAACCUAUCGACCUGUCACCUAUCGAACCUUGUCAACCUAUCGGACCUGCUCACCCAUCGGACCUGUCCAACCCAUCACCCUGUCAAGCUAUCGACCCUGUCCAACCCAUCGCCUGUCAACCUAUCGACCCUGCUGUCAACCAUCGACCUGUCAACCUAUCGACCUGUCAACCUAUCGACCUGUCAACCUAUCGACCUGUCAACCCAUCGACACCCUCGUUCAACCUCUCGGACCUGUAACAUACCCAUCGACACCUGUUCAAACAUCGACCUGUCAAACCUAUCGACCUGUCAACCAUCGACCUGUCCAACCUAAUCGACUGUCAACCCACUCGACCUGUCAACCUAUCGACCUGUCAACCCUCGACCUGUCAACCUAUCGACCUGUUCAACCAUCGACCUGUCAAACUUCGAACAACCUGGUACAACCUAUCGACCUGUCGAACCAUCGACCUCGCUCAAGCCUAUCGACCGUCAAACCUAUCCGACCUGUCAACCCAUCACCUAUGUCCAACCUAUCGACCUGUCAACCAUCGACCUCCAUCGACCAUGUACCUAUCGACACGCCGUUCAACCCAUCGACCUGUCAACCCCUCAUCGACCUGUCAACCCAUCGACCUGUAAACCCAUCGACCUUGUCCAAACCCAUCGACCCGUGUCAAACCCAUAUCGACCUGGGUCCACCCGAUCGACUGUCAACCCUAUCGACACACUGCAAACCAUCGACCUGUCAACCCAUCGACCUGUCAACCCAUCGACCUGUCAACCCAUCGACCUGUCAACCUAUCGACCUGUCCAAACCUUAUUCGACCUGUCAAACCCUAUCGACCUGUCAACCUAUCGACCCUGUCAACUAUCGACCCUCGCUCCAAGCUAAUCGACCUGUCAACUAUCGAACUCCUGGUCAACCUAUCGACCCUGUCAACCUAUCGAACCGUCAACUUAUCGACCUGUCCAACCUAUCGACUGUUAAACCUAUGACCGUGUCAAUUAUCGGACCCUGUAAACCUAAUCGAGCCUGUCAACCUAUCAGGGAUCCCGCACCUAUCAAUCCAAGAGUUCAGAGAUGUCGAUUUUAG